AUGACAGAAUCGGAUUGCUUCUCUGAGAAUGUAUUCUCUUCUGAAAGCUGUGGUUUAUACACCGAUGUCGCGAGGCAUAGAGAUUCAACAAUCAAAAAUGAAUAUUUACUAGAUAGUGCGGCAAGCUUGGAAUUACUAUCAAAAUCCUUGGAUUGUGAAGUAUUUGAUUCGCAUAAAAGUGUGAGAUCAGUAUCCCUCAAUUCUGCUCUGAAAAAUCCCAAUCGCCGAAGGGAUAAGAAAGCGGUACAUUUUGCAGACUCCCUUGGUUUGGAGUUAGUAAAUGUAUAUCCGAUAUAUUCAUCCACGUACGAUUCAUUAGAAGAUUUAUUCAGUUCAUCGUCACCUCUAUACUUCACUAGAUUCCAUGAUCAUUAUAAUCAUGGUGAGUUGAAACGUGAAGUAGACUGCCACUAUCUUAUACGCAACAAAAAUAGUUUCAUAUCACAAAUGAAUAGCAUACGACCAGUUUAUUUGCAUAUAAAUUUCUCAACGUUAGACAGUUCUGGCUGGAGUACAGAUGACAAAACUGAUGCAAGACGGAUGAAUAAAGCUAGAAUCAACGGUGUGUGCUUAAAAUCAGUAAAUAUUAUUGGUACGAGUUUAACUGGAAUCAUCUACGUGGCCAACUUCAAUUACAAAAAAGAGGUACGCGUUCGUUAUACCUUGGACAACUGGCGAACUUACUCAGAUCUACCAGCUUGGUACAUUAGCUGUUCGCAGCAAAAAGAAUUAGAUCUGUUUUCAUUUUCGCUUUUUUUACCACAAAGUAUUCCAGUUGGAGCACAGUGCGAAUUUUGCAUUAGGUAUUUAUGUAAUGGCAACGAAUAUUGGGAUAAUAACGAUUAUGCCAAUUACAAGGUAGAAUGUAAAUCUUUAACUGGUGAUAACGGUAAUUUUAGUAUGUGA